AGUUUGUCAGCAGGGGAAAGGGAUUAGUUAUGAAACAUGAACAGUGAUACAUAUAAUCUCAAAUCAUAUGCUAGUAUAUUUUGAGGUGUGCAACAGUUUGAAAUGAGUGCGAGAGAAAUGCCGAGCAAUAGUUUAGCUCCCAUCACUGCAUGCCUACACAAGCGAAUCCUAUUGGCGAUGUUGAGAAAGUGUUUGGUGGCAUGUUUUCACUUCAAAUGAUAAUGUUAAGAUCAUUAUGAAAUCUGUUAUGUGUCAUUGUGAGAUUUUUAACCGUUUUGGCUCCACCGUUUUCGAUUGAUUCAUCGAGAAAUAUUUAUGAACAGAAUUCCAUAUAAAAAGUGAAAAGCAGCACUUCAGUUCAGCUGAUUUCAAAGUUCACUAUAUUCUUACGGGACAGAUUAUUACAAGGACUUGAACGAAUUCGCCAGAAAGUACUUGAAACAUUAACCAGACCGUAAAUUCAAAAUUGAGCUUUCAUCCACAGAAUGACUUUCACAACAUGUAUGAUCAGUCUGUGAUUCGGUUACUAAAGUUUCAAUAUUGUGCAAUUUUUGUUUCAAAGUUAGACUUUAAAGAUCAAGAGAUAGAUAUGUCGUCUGAUGAACAUGUAAUUUGGAUGGGUAAAGCAAUGGAACUUGCCCACAAUGCUCUGCAAAAUAGAGAAGUUCCUGUAGGUUGCAUCAUGGUGCAUAAAGACAAGGUUAUCGCUACUGGCAGGAAUGAAGUCAACGAGACGAAGAAUGCGACCAGACAUGCAGAAAUUGUUGCCAUUGAAGAAGUGUUUAAAUGGUGUAAAGCUAAUGAUCAGAAACCAGAUGAGGUGUUUUCAGAGCUGGUUUUAUAUGUGACGGUGGAGCCAUGCAUCAUGUGUGCAGGAGCUCUCAAACAAAUGAAUGUUCCAAUGGUUGUGUUCGGAUGUGCCAAUGAGAGAUUCGGUGGCUGCGGUUCCAUCUUGAAUGUGGCAAGGGAUGACCUUCCAAGUCUUGGACCCAAGUUUGUUUGUGUGUCAGGUGUGAUGGCAGAUGAUGCUGUGAACUUGCUGAAAGACUUUUACAAGGGAGAGAACCCACAUGCACCAGAAGAUAAACGGAAAAGUAAACAAGCAGAACCGCCAGUUGGAAGUGAAGCCUCAUAACAGAACUGCAAGAAAACAAAUGUGACAUGUCACAUUGUAUAAUUUGAUAAAAAGUCAUAAAUAAUACAGGCGAAAAAGAUCAUCGUUAUGAAGUUAUGAAAUUUUUGUUCCAGGUUCA